AUGGAAGACAUAUGGCAGAAUUUGAAGUAUGUUAAAGCAGCUCUGAAGCAGCUAAAUAACAAAGAGUUCAUGAAUGUCAAGCAGAAGAUAAAGAGUAUAAGAGAGGAGCUGGAAGAAGUACAAGGCAGAAUGAAAGAUCAUAAUGCACCAUCAAGGCUAUUUGAAGUGGAGAAAGGGAUGAUUCAACAGCUAGAGAAGUGGGAUAAAAUUGAGGAAUCAAUAUACAAACAGAAGUCAAGAAUACAAUGGUUACAACUGGGGGACACCAAUAAUGCUUAUUUCUUUGCAAGCAUGAAAGGAAGGAAGGCUCAGAAUCAAAUCACAAAGCUUAUUGACAGUAAGGGUAACACCUUAACAGACUGUAAAGAGAUUGAAACUGAAGUGGUCAACUUUUACAAAGACCUGCUGGGAUCUACAUGUGGAAGCAUACCUGCCAUACAUCCUGGGAGGAUAAGGAAGGGGCCAAUGUUAAGUAGGAAGCAACAUUUGGAACUCAUAGCUCCUUUUAACAAGGAGGAUGUACAUGAAGCUCUCAAGAGUAUUGAUGAUAUGAAGGCACCUGGGGGAGAUGGGUUUAAUGCAUGCUUUUUCAAAAGCACUUGGAAUAUGAAUGGAGAUGAGAUAGCAAAGGUAGUUCUACAGUUCUUUAGCACUGGGAAAAUGUUCAAGCCAAUAAAUUCCACAGCUGUUACACUCAUUCCCAAAGUAAAGAACCCAACUUCAAUUAAAGAAUAA